AUGUCAUCAGCCUUGGCUGCCAAUCCGCUCACCUCUGGCCAGCUCUUAGGGGAAGUCUCGUUCUCUGCGACGUCGUAUAGACCAAGUCGGUACAUCAUGGGUGGUGGCGCGAGAUAUCCUUACCCAAAGAUCGUCUGGUCACCCGCAGGUGGAUGGUGGUCAAGACCUAGCAAUUGGAGGACCAAUACCGCUAUGACAGCGGUCGUGAUAACUGGAAUCGGCGCAGCUGUAUGGAAAUGGUCCGCAGCACAUGAGGAACGUCCUGUAGCUCCUGUCAAGCCUAUACCAUCACGCUACUGGUCACAGACGGCUCGGGAUGCAGGUAUCAGGAUGGAGUAG